AUGGCUCUCGCUCCUCAGUUCGCAGCUCAUCGUCUUGGUGUUGCCUCGGCUCCUCACACCCUUGAAAUUUACUUGGAUUACGUGUGUCCAUUCAGUGCCAAGAUUUACAAGCGUAUUCGUGAACAAGUAUGGCCCUAUGUUGAGCAGAAUUACUCUGGCAAACUCCAAUUGAUCUUCCGUCAGCAAGUGCAACCAUGGCAUGCUACCUCGACUCUUGUGCACGAAGCAGCAUUGGCAGUGGAAAAGGUUGAUCCUAGCAAGUUCUUCCCCUUCUCGGAUGCUCUCUUUGAGAAACAGGCCCAGUUCUUUGAUGAAGCUGUUGAGAACAAGACACGUCAUCAGCUUGUUGCCGAAGUAGCCGAGAUUGCUGGAGCUGUGGGUGUUCCUGCCGACAAGAUCGUCAGCUUGUUGUCUCCUGGUACCGAAGUCAAGAACGGUGGCAAUGCUGUUACCAAUGAUUUGAAGCUUUGUAUCAAGAUUGGCCGCCAAAACGGCAUCCACGUUAGCCCUACCGUGCUCUUUGAUGGCUUGCAGGACAACAGCGUUUCUUCCGGAUGGGAAUUGGAUCAAUGGAAAUCUUACUUUCAGAGCAAGCUUUAA